AUGAAACCGGAUGUUGAAGCCAUUUUGAUUGCCGCGUACUGCCUGAUCAUUGCGGCGGGAAUAUUUGGAAAUACUCUGGUCUGCAUAAUAAUAUUUAGAAACACUGAACUGAGAUCAUCUCGAAAUCUGCUGAUUCUAAACUUGUCUAUUUGUGACAUAUUUAUGGACGCUUUGUGCAUGCCGUUUUCUCUUGUUCGCUUGACGUUAAAAAACUGGCCGUUUGGGGAGGUUUUGUGUAAGUUGAUCCCAUCCCUCCAGACUGUGGAUGUCUUUGUGUCGACCCUUACAAUCCUAGCUAUAGCUAUAGACAGAUUCAGAGCCAUUGUUUGCGCCAGUAGAGAUAGAAGAAAGAGCAAACGCAUAAUUUACGUCAUAAUCGCUAUUUGGGUCAUCUCCAUCAUCUUCUCCCUUCCCAUGCUCCUCUUCCACACUGUAGAUACGGUUGACGUGAUGAAAUUCACCAUGUGUGUAGAACGAUGGCCAUCAUAUCACCUGCGAGGCGCGUUUGCUUGUUGCGUCAUGGUUUUACAGUAUCUCUCACCAACGUUGGUCAUUAGCUGCCUUCACGCACGUAUAUGUAGCUUCCUGCACAAGCGCAUUGAAGAAAACCCGGUUACUCAGACGGAAAUAAAUCGUGCUAUGAGGGACAUGCGCAGACAUCGACGCAAUCUCCUAUUGUUGUCGGCCAUAACUAUCACUUUUGCUGUGACUUGGCUUCCGUUAACUAUUCUGAAUAUCACGGCUGAUUUUAAUCAAAACUUAUUCCAUGAAAAGGAUUUUAACCUGAUAUUUGCUAUUUGUUUGUUAAUUGCCAUGGGUUCAUCGAGUUUAAAUCCGGUAUUUUACGGAUGGUUCAAUCUAAAUUUUAGAAAUGGAUUCUACCAAUUGUUGUGUUUUGCGACACCUGAUAAACCCUGA